GUUCUACAUCAUAUAUAUGUCAUUUUUUAAAAACAUUAACGUUGUGCUAUGUUAUAUGCUAAUGUUGGUGGAUAUGGAAUCAAAAAAAAGAACGUCAUCUAUUUUUAUCAGUGUUUUACUAUAUUAACACUGAAAAUAUUGACAUUUUACAGUUUUCACCUCCUAUCAUCCUAAUUUUAACCUCGUGAAGGGUUUGUUAGUGGGCCAUUUUAGUUGAAUCAGGUGUGUUAAGCAGUAAAAAUUGUAAAAUGUGCAGUUUAGUUGAACUGUAAGUCCAAAUCACCAUGUGCAAGUUUUUGGUUGUCCAACAAAUUUGAGUCCAUCAGCACGUGGCCGCGCUGCGCAUGCGCAGUGGAGAGGACACAGCGAGGAUUCCAGGUUUCAGUUUAGACGUCUCCCACACUUUAUAUUUAAAAUACUUUACUUUUAAAAGCUCACAGUUAAAUCUCUCAUCGUUAAAGCCGUCUAAUGGCUCCAUGCAGCUGUAACGAGCAGAUCCACAAACUCAGCCAGCAGGUUACAGUGAUGAGGAAAGAGAUAAAGAACCUCAGGCAGCAUUUAGAGAGUGCUGUUCGGGCCCACAGAAAGCACAUGGCCUCCCUGCAGUCUGAGCUGGGUGCCUGGAGGCAGGGGAAACAUAAGGUGAAGAAGACAGCAGAAAAGGAUCUACAACAAGGGGCAGAGUUCUCAUUAGAGAAAGGUCAUAUUCAGACUGUCCCCAUUGGCUACAUCAGUUCAUGCUUUUCCAAGAAGAACGGAACCCCCCGACAGCCUGCGAUCUGCAUGUCAUCCCGUGCCAGUCUGCAGAUCCAGCCAUCAGUCUUCAAUAACCCUGACCACGCACUGGCUGGCCUGGAACACUACUCCCACGUCUGGCUAAUUUUCCUUUUCCAUAAGAACGGCCACAUGAGCUACAAAGCCAAGGUGAAGCCUCCUCGGCUGAACGGUCAAAAGGUGGGAGUGUACUCCACCCGCAGCCCCCAUCGACCCAAUGCCAUCGGCCUCUCUCUUGCCAAGCUGGAGAGCAUCACAGGUGACACCCUCCACCUGUCCGGUGUGGACCUGAUCGCUGGGACUCCGGUGCUGGAUAUUAAACCUUACAUCCCAGACUAUGACUCUCCAUCAACACAAACAAACAUGAAUGUUCAGUAUGAGCAGACAGAAGACUCUGUGGACUCAGAAACAGAAGCAGAGCCUGAGGGGCUGCAGUGCUUGGGGGAUUCAUCAUCAGAGCUUGACCCAAAAAUGAAGUUUUCUGCUUCGGGCAGUCUGUCAGAGCAUUCUGACAGUGCCUUUAGCAAAGUGCUAGCAGAGGUGAGAGAGUACCUCCAGCAGGGGGAGCUGUGUGUUGAGACUUUGGCUGAUAGGAGGCCCACCGAACCUGAACCUGAGAGAGAAAGCACUUCAAGGCUGUGUUACGGAGCAGAUUCCUAUAGCAGCAUUGCUGCCUGGAUUAGAAAUCCGCCAGUGGCCAAGCUGAGUGUCAGAUUCACACCAACUGCUGAGAAAGAGCUCAGAGAGUUUCAGCCUCCGGAGAGCAAAGACACAGGAAGGCCAAAGUUUCAGUUCCUGAAAGGCCCAGAUGAUGCUGUGGAGGCUGUUGACGGUAUUUUAUCGGCUGAUCCGCGGUCAGUGUACCGGAGAACAUGCUGCAGUGAUCGACUAUUCUACUUCUCUCUGGACACGGCUGACAUUACCUGCUGGUUUGGGGAUGGAUUUGCGGAGGUGCUGCGUGUCCAGCCCGUACAAACGCAGAAGUAGAAGAAGAGUUAGUACUACUAUGUUUUUAUAACUUCUGUAUUAAAGUGAUAGUUUGGCAAAAAAAAAAGGAAUUUACACAACAUUCCAAAAAAAGUUCAUCAGCUUUGACAUAUUUAAUGUCUGAAGUUUGUUUCUUUAGUUUUGUACUGGAGCUAUGAAGCUGUUGCUAAUAAGUUAUGUUUUCAUGUUCAGCAAUUAUCAUGCAAACUGUGUGCCUAAAUCAUCACACACUUACCUCAAACCGUGUUGAGUUGUUGAGUAAUCUCAAAUAGACUUGCUUAUGUGAUUUUAGAAACUGUAUGACAUACUGUUAUGUAUAAAACAAGGCUGAAAGUAAAUGAGCAUAGCUAACAGUAGCAGCAGUGAUCUUGAAUCCUAAAUUUUGUGUGUACUUUUGUCCUUUUUUAAACAUGACUGACCAACUACAUUUGAAGUAAAGGGUAAAUUAAGCGAAUGAAUUUUUUUUUGCCAGACUAUCUCUUUAAAACCAAGUGCAGUUGUGCCUUUACAAGAGGUGUGUUGCAUUUACACUGUUCUUUUAAAUCCAAUGGAUAAUGUAAUGUUUAAGCAUCGUACAGUAAUGUUCUGUACACAUUUCAUGCAACAGACAUGUAAUAAACCACCAUUGCUUUUCUUUUCUGAAAAUAUUUCAGUAAACAAUAAACAUGAAAUUGUGAAGGUGUAAGAUUCUUCAUCUAGUUAUGCAAAUUGUUGCUAAAUCUUUGUAUGAAAUUUUGAAUAAAAGUUCCAAGACUA